UCGAGGUGCGUGCCGGGUAAUUUUCGUCCCCUGUCCCGCCAUAUUGUACGGAGUGGUGCAAUCUUCCUCGGCACAUGCUGACGGAGAUUCCUGCUUAAAAAGUACACUUUCUUCACGUUUUACGGACGAAUGCAGGAGACAGGAAAAUGCCUACCUAUUUCCAGAGGCCGGAGAACGCCCUGAAACGGGCAAACGAGUUCAUUGAUGUUGGUAAGAAGCAGCCAGCUCUUGAUGCUCUCUAUGAUGUCAUCAAGAGCAAGAAGCAUCGGACAUGGCAGAAGAUCCACGAACCCAUCAUGAAGAAGUACUUGGAGCUCUGCGUGGACCUGCGCAAGAGUCAUGUGGCUAAGGAGGGGCUGUACCAGUACAAGAACAUCUGUCAGCAAGUGAACAUCAAGUCCCUGGAGGAUGUAGUCCGUCAGUACUUGAGCCUGGCGGAGGAGAGGACAGAACAGGCCCGCUCCUCGUCCCAGCAGGCUGUGCUGGACAUUGACGACCUGGAGUCUGAAAUCUACACCCCAGAGCUUCUUCUUCUGAGCGCGGUCAGUGGUGAGGACAUCCAGGCGCGCCAUGACCGGCUGAUGCUGACCCCCUGGGUGAAGUUCCUGUGGGAGUCCUACCGCCAGUGUCUGGACCUGCUGAGGAACAACUCCCGCGUGGAGCGCCUGUACCAGGACAUCGCACAGCAAGCCUUCCAGUUCUGUCUCAAGUACAGCCGCAAGACAGAGUUCCGCAAGCUCUGUGACAAUCUGCGUAGCCACCUGCAGCAGGUGCUGAACCGCCACCAGACCCAGUCCACUGCCAUCAACCUGAACAAUGCUGACAGCCAGCAGCUGUUCCUGGAGACACGCCUGGUACAGCUGGACUCUGCCAUCACCAUGGAGCUGUGGCAGGAAGCCUACAAAGCUGUUGAGGAUGUGUGGCAGCUGAUGAACCUGUCCAAGAAGCCCCCCAAGCCUCAGCUCAUGGCCAACUACUACACCAAGCUGGGCAUGGUGUUCUGGAAGUCUGGUAACCAGCUGUUCCACGCCUCGGCUCUACACCGCCUCUUCCACCUGUCCAAGGAGCAGAGGAAGAACCUCAGCCAAGACGAGCUGCAGAAGAUGGCAUCCCAGGUAGUCCUGGCUACCCUGUCCAUCCCCAUCUCCCAACCUGCCACAGAGUUUGACAAGCUGCUGGACAUGGAGGGUGUCAGUAUGGAGAAGGCACGCCGCCUAGCGACCCUGCUGGGACUGCAGGGUCUACCCACCAGGGCCUCACUCAUCAAGGACAUGGUGAGGUCAGGAGUCCUACAGCACGUUCACCCCCAGCUGCAGGGCCUGUAUGAGUGGCUGGAGGUGGAGUUCCACCCCCUCAAGCUGAGCAGCAGGGUCUCCAACGUCUUCAACUUCAUCCUGUCUGCCGAGGAGCUGGAGCUGGCGCAGUAUGUUCCCGCACUGCAGGACGUCACCCUCAUGCGGCUGGUACAACAGGUAUCGCAGGUAUACCAGACCAUCCAGAUGUCGCGCCUGGUGGCCCUGGCUCCGUUCGCCACGUCCUUCCAGCUGGAGAGAGUCGUGGUGGAAGCUGCCAGAAACGGAGAUCUCAAGGUCCGUCUGGACCACUGUUCCAAGUCCUUGCGGUUUGGAGAAGAGGUGGGGCUGUUCUCCAGUGAGGAGAUAACAGAGUCGGAGGGCCCCACCCUCCAGCCUCUCCAGUCGGAGCAGUUCAACCGCCAGCUGGUGCAGAUGUCCGUCGCUCUCAACAUGGCCGUCAAUGUCAUCCAGCCGCCACAUCUCAUGAAGGAGCACGAGGACCUGAAGUCGGGCUGCAUGGCGGCCUACCGCAAGUCUGCCCGUGCGGAGCACCUGCACAUCCUGGCACGGCAGAGAACCAUUGAGGAGCGUAAGGAGAAACUGGAGAACCUCAACAUGCAGAGGGAGGAGGAAGAGAAGCGUGCUCAGGAAGAGCAGCUCCGUGCUCAGAAGGAGGCUGAGGAGGCGCGCCUCGCCCAGGAGGCACAGGAACGGGAGAGACAGCGGCGCCUGCAGGAGCGCCGGGAGAUCCAGCGGAAACAGGUCCAGGAGAGGCUAGACAUCCUCCGCAAGUCCAGUCUAGGAGCACGGGCACUGAAGGACAUCGACUUAGAGGACAUAGAUGAGCUGGACCCUGAUGCCAUCAUGCAGAAACAAGUGGAACAGCUAGAAAAGGAAAAGAAGGAAUUAGCAGAAAAACUCAAGGCCCAAGAAAAGAAGGUGGAUCAUUUUGAGCGUGCCAAACGUCUGGAGGAGCUGCCUGCCCUGCAGAAGAGCCACGCAGAACUCCUGGAGGAACGCAGGCUGACUUGGGACCAGGUGGAGGAGGAGAGGAUCCAUACCCUGACAGAAGAGCGCGAGGUCGCUCUGCAGCACAAGCACCGCAUGGCCUGCAUGAUGGACGACAAGGACAAGUUCAUCAACAUGCUCAAGGACUCUCGCAAAUCUGUCUUCAAGGACAAGAUUGCAGCCUUCAAUGCCCAAUUAAAUACAGAGCGAAAGAAACGCCUUGCCCAGCGGAAAGAGCAGCGGAAAGAGGAGCGUCGCCGCAAGUGGCUGGAAGAGAAGGAGGAGGAAGAACAGCGCCGGCGGGACGAAGAGCUCAUACGCGAACGCGAGCAGAAAGAGGCAGAAGAACAGGAGAAGCGAGAAAAGGAGGAGGAAGCGUACCGGGCCAAACUGGCGCAGCUGGAGGCCAUUGCGGAGAAACAGCGCCAACGGGAGCGCGAGAUAGAAGAGCGAGAAGCCAAGAGAAGAAUGGAGCUUCAGACGGAAGCGGAGCCAGUGCGGGCCCAAGACGGAGGCAGGGAUGACUGGCGCGCCAAGGACGGGCUGGGGAGCAGGGAUGAGGGGGCGUGGAGAAGAAGAGGUGACGAUGCCCCCCGCAGUAGAGACAUGGAAACCCCAGCAGAGGAAUCCUCUCCAGCGAAACAGCCAUGGAGACCGUCUGGCCGCUCCAGCUGGCGUGAUAGGGAACAGGGUGGGGGCAUCCGAGACAGGGCCCCCGCUGACGGUCGCUACCCUCCCGACGACAGCGGCCCUCGUCGUGACGACUGGGAGAGGCGCCCGCCGAUGGAUCGCGACAGGCGGCCUGGCUUUGAAGACGGAGAACGCCGUCCUCUGUCGGAUGAUCGGGAUCGCAGAGGUCCGCCAGACGAGCGCUGGAGGGACGCAGACCGCAGACCAGCCCCCCGCGAGGACAGCGACUGGCGGCGCGGUCCUGAUCGUGGCCCUGAUCGUGGCCCCGAUCGUGGCCCCGAGCGCAGCUGGAGGCAAGACGGUCCAGGACGGGACGAUCGUGACGACUGGCGCCGUGACGGACCAAGGAGAGACGACCGUGGCCCCCCCGAACGACGAGCGCCACCAGCACGAGAUGAGCGCGACAGUAGACCACAAGAUGACGACUUCAACUGGCGCAGGGGAGAGAGAGCCCCGGCUCCUGAUCGCGAGAGGUGGGGCGGGCGAGACGAACGUGCCCCCCGCCCGGGCCCAGAUAAAUGGAGGGAUCGCGACGACCGUUUCAGAGAUGAUCGCGGCCCCUCGCGUGGAUUCGACCGGGAUAACCGAGGCCCGCCCUCGAGAGGUUUCGACCGCGAGGAUCGCAGCUUCCCGUCCAGAGGGUACGAUCGUGAUGACCGCGGCACUCCGUCCCGUGGGUUCGACCGCGGGCCACCAAGCCGCGGAAUGGACCGUGACAUCCGUAGAGAAAAGAGCGACGAACCGGAGGGCGGGGUGCGUAAAGAGAAGGACAAGUGGAGGAGCGAGACAGAUGACGAUGGAUGGACGACUGUCAGGCGCUAAGGACUUCACUAUUGUCAUGUCUGCACCUGGUUAACAUACAAUCUGUCUGGUGUACAUUAUCAAACAGGUAACACUUAUAAAGGCCGCAAUUGUAGAAUUGGAGCUAUGACAUUAAUGAAUAGUUUGGUCAUUUCUUUGCAUACUAGAUUAAAUCCACCUUUAGUUAUCACAUUGCCCAGUAAUACUCACUACGAAUACAAAUGCAAUGUCGUAUUGUACGAAUGUCCUAAAAACAGUUUUGGGGGGAAUUUGUUAAAAGUAAAAGGUGAUAUAGUUGAAUAUAUUUUAAGAAGUCGUUACAUUAAUGAAAAAGUUUGUCUGGGAGGUUAUUACAGUUUUGGUACCAAAACACUACAAUAGGAGCCUUAGUAUGUUGCCUUGUUUGAUGUGCAGUUUCCUCACAAUUAUUAAUCUCAAUCUUCUUUCCAGAAUAGAAAUAGUGCAAGUGCGCUGUCCUUUAGCUCAUGUAAUGGCUGUAGAACUUACAACACUGUCCUCAACAUAUGUAUGUUGAGGUAUAAUGAAGUUCAUCAAAUGUGGCCAUUUCUGUAACAGAAUGUAAAAUUCUACGUCCAAAUACAUGGCCCAACCACACACAGGCAUGCAACUAUAGUUGCAUAGCAAAUUGGAAUAUUUUUACCCAUAACAUGUGUCUUAUACAAUGUAUUCUUCCAUAAAAUGCUGUUACCCGGUAGAAUGAUACCAUAGGUUAGAUUUAUUCUGUAAGGUCCAUGACUGUAAAGCACAGAGGUAUAGAAUGAGAUGUGUUACGUUUCUAUUAUGACAAUAUUGAAUGCACAAAUUGUGAAAGAAGAAGUCUCUUAGGUUUUGAAGCAUUACAAAUUGGAUUUUGGCUGAUAUUAUCUUGUUACGUGUUUGUCGCCUUACCCUCCAGAAUUAUUUUAAAAACAUCUCUUUAACAAUUUUGUCUAGAAUACAAAGUAUGCUUUAUCAGUUAUAUCCGGCUGUAUCCAACCUCUACAUGUAGGCACAAUAAGCUGGUUGAUAGUUUGAACUGCACAUACACAAGUUUGAUUUAUUGUGGGAAUAUGUCAAAGUUGAAAGCCCCUAAGACAUAAACAGAUCAAGUCUGGACAACUGUUAACAAGUUAGGGACCUUAACCUUUGACCUCACGCAUGUGCAAUUCAAACGGUGAACCAGCUUACGAGCGAUUACUUCGCACGCUGUGUGCAACAUCAAAUUUAUACAUUACACACUAGAUAUAUACAGCAUGUGUUUUCAUAUUAACUAAUACCAGCACAUGUACAAAUCAACUUCUAUGUGAGGAUAUAUGUCAAGGGAAUUCCAAUUCUUACAGAUAGAAUGUUGGGUCCCAAAUCUAAAUGGUUAGAAAAAAUGCUGAAAUACAUUUAUUCAUGAUCGUAAUAGUUAUUGGAGAACAUGUUGAAUUCUUCAGUCUUUGUAAUAAAACACUUCAAUGAUGCAAGAUUAGGUAAGGCAAGUCAGUGUGUUAGGCCACUUCAAGUUAGAAUCCUUGGUACAUGGCCUAUCUAAAUUUAGCGUUUGAAAAGAAAUUGCGAAGACAUCAAUUCUCACAGUUCCUGAUAUAUUAUAAUAAAAGGAACCUAAGCAACA